AUAAACUCUGACGAUCGUAUUUUGUGUACGUGCGGUAAAUGCCAACGAGGUUGGUUCAUAUGACCGGAAGGGCCAAGUACAAGGCCAAUGAAACAAUCGAAAGCAACGUCACACUACCACGUGAGAGAAAACUAUAAAUAGAUUACGACAAUUUUUGACAAAGUAGAUGUAGUUGUGAGUUGGCCGAAGUUGGAGGUUAGUUCGUAAGCUAUUUAGUGAGAAACAUCUGAGUUAGAUCGUAUCUCGUGAUGGCUGACGUUCAAGGUGAAAGUAUURUGGUAAAGAAGACUGAAUCCACGGUAGAAAAUUCGCCGAAAGUUCUCUUGAACGGCCAAGAGUUCGUUGCGUGUUCUGACCAUGAUCUAGCCGCCUCCUCAAAUUCAGAAGAAGAGCAAGAAGGAAAGCUUGGCACUCGUUCGCCUAGCGCAGCUGAAUCACAUUCAGAAAACGAACUAAAAGAUCUUCCUGAAGUUUACAGUCCGCCAAACGAUGAAUUAAAGCAGAGAAUCGUAGCCCAAGUUGAGUUGUACCUGAGCGACGACAACCUCAGUCGUGAUGCCUUUCUGCUAAAGCAUGUCCGUCGAAAUAAGGAAGGAUAUGUUAACUUAAAGCUUAUUACAUCGUUCAAAAAAGUCAAGUCGCUUACAAAGGACUAUCGAGUCGUUGGCGAAGCGUUAAAGCAAUCGACUAAAUUAGUUUUAAACACCGAAGUUACGAAAGUAAAACGUAUAGAUCCACUUCCUACGGAACUGCUAGAACGAAAUCCUGGGCGUACAGUGAUAGCUACGAAGAUCGAUGAUCCAACCUUUGAAAAAGUCAGUGAAAUGUUCUCUAAGUGUGGGGAAAUUGUUCUCAUUCGCAUUAUUCGUCCUGGUAAGGUAAUACCUCCCGACGUGAAGGGAUUUUUGACGAAGUUUCCUGACAUUUCUACCGAAACUUUCGCUAUAAUCGAAUUUGAAACCAUGGCAGCCGCCGCACGUGCUUGUAGUGAACUUACUAAAGAAGGCGCGAUGAAGGUCGUAGAGUUAGGAAAACAAACCAAAAAGAAAGAAAAAAGCAAAAUAAGAGAACGAGAUGGCGAAAUUGUUCUAGAAUCAGACGAGGAACACGAUGAUAAAAUAAAGAGAAAGCGAAAUAGAGGCAAGAAAAACAAGAAUCAACGGAUCAAUGAGUUGAAGGGACAUUCAACCGAUGAAGGGCACACAAGCUCUGCUUCUUCUGAUACUGACAGUUCCUACAACCCAUUCAGUAGUUGCCAGCGUCGCUAUAGAAACUCGCCAAACCAUAGUCCGCGGGGGAGUCCCCAUGGUAGCCCAAGGGUGGGACGAAAGGAAAAUGACAAACCAUUGUCAUGGAGAUCUCCUCAAAGUAGUCCUGAGCCAAUCAGAAGGAGYCUCAAUUCUUCUGGUAGUGGGAAAGAAAGCAAUAGUGCACCUAACAGUCCAUGGUCACAGCGUCGUAAGACUGCUUCCCCAAGUGGUCACUCUCCAUUAGCCGACUCAGAAAGAGCCAGGCAUAAGAUGGUACAGUUAGAAGGCGUGGAACGCUUGCCAAGAGGACCUGAUGGUACCAAAGGAUUCCGCAAUGGUGUGGGAAGAGGUCGGCCUUUGAUUGCAGUUGCUUAAAGCAAUAUGCAUGAGUUCUACAUUGGUUUAUUAUGAAGUAUUUUUAUUCAAAACUAAAUUYUUAUUAUUUAUAUACAACUUGGAUAAGCACAACAUGUAAUGUUAUUUUCAUUUCAUGGUGUAUUCUGUACUUUAGAGAUAUUGCACUUUAGUGGAAAGGCAAGAAAAUUAUACAUUUAGAAUUAGGAUAGGAAUUCCAAGGGAGGAAUGGAAUGUAUAAUGUUUGUUUUGCUUAUAUUCCACUACCAUAAGGAAUCAUUUCAUGAAAAUAAUAUCAGUGUUCAUCUUUAUUAUCAGAAGUAAUGGUAAUCAGUGACAAAAUUUGCCAUGAUGGUACUAAGUAUUAAGUUAAGUAUUUUCCUAAAAUUYUAGAAAUAACUUCAUUUUACAGAAGGGUAUACAAUACAAGUUGCUAUUUACUUGUAAUAUUAUCCUUAUSUUAUCACAAAAGUGUACAUAUUAUUCAGCAUGCAAUUUAUGGAYUCGCAUUCAGCAAUGCGUUUCUAAAUGUAUUUAUAUAAAAGAUAUAUUAAGAUUCAUCAAUCUUUGCAGGCUCAUUGGCCAUUAAUGUCAGCUUGAUAGUCUUUGAGUAGAGUGGUAGUUUCUUUUGAGAGAGCACUACAAUGCACAUACAUUGGCAUCUCUUGAAAAAGGAUAAAAAACUAAAUUGUUGACUACAGAACCUGCAUCACUCUGUAGUUAUUGAAUUCAUGGAUAUUUCCAUGCCUUGUCUUGCUAAUUCUUGCUUGUGUUUGCAACAGCACAUUGUUUAAAGAAAGCAUACAAUCAUAUUUUAGCAGGUGAUAUUAUUUUAGACAUGGUAAUGUUCUUCUCAAUUCUGGCAUCAUUUGCUCCUUAAUGCAGUUAAAUAUUAUUGUAAAAUUGUAUUUGUUUGAAACAAUUUACUUUACUGAUGCUAGAGUUGAACCAGGAACUAGAGUGGUUUUCAUUAACCCGUGAAACACACUUUAGCGUAUUUAUCGCUAUCACACUUUGGCUCUUUUGUUUUUUAUUGUCCUUACGCGACUAUUACGAUCUAUUACACUCUGAUUAUUACAAUUUGUUUCACGGGUUUAUGAAAACCACUCUAUUAUACAUGUAUGUGGUCAUGUAACSAUAAAAACAGCACAAGUACCAAAAUACUACAAAUUUCCUAGUUUUCCAUUMUUUUUAGCACACAUUUUAUUGUAGCUGAGUUGUUUGCAUUUCUGUUUUUUUUUAUAUUAUUAUUAAGUGUAUGUUGUAUAUAAUAGAGUUAAGACAUUAGAUAAACUAUAUUAUUUAAGCAAAAAGUAAAUAUAAUAUUGGUAUYACUUGACAGA